CCGCAGCCCCAGACUAAAAGCUGGGGCCGGGCACGGGCACCUCCUGCCCAGGGACACUGCUGCACCCGGAGCCAUGGCCUGUGACCCAGCUCUGGCAUCACCCUUCCUGCACUGACACUGUGGCAGAGCACGAUGGCGAGUGGCUCCUGGGAGGAUCACGCAGGCCAGGGGACCCAGGAGCACAUGGAGCUGCGCCUGCUACUCGUCGGGAAGACCGGUGCAGGGAAAAGCGCAACGGGGAACACCAUCCUGGGGCGGGCGGCCUUCGAGUCACGCCUGGCGCCAAAUUCGGUAACACAGACAUGUGCCCGGGAGAGCCGGCUCUGGCGGGGCCGCAGGGUGGUGGUCACCGACACCCGCAUGUUUGACUCACCGGAGCACAGCGCCCGGUCCUGCUACGAGCUUGCCCGCUGCCUGCUGCUGUCGGCGCCGGGGCCGCACGUGCUGGUGCUGGUGACCCAGCUGGGCCGCUUCACGCAGGAGGAGGAGGCCGCCCGGCAAGUGUGGCGGGUGCUGGGGCACAAGGCUGCGAGGCACACCAUCGUCCUCUUCACCCGCAAAGAGGACCUGAGGGGUGGCUCCCUGCAGCACUACGUGGCCAGAAGCACCACCCUGCAGGCGCUGCUGCAGGCCUGCGGGGGACGGUGCUGCGCCUUCAGCAACCGGGCGGGCGCCGAGCGCGAAGCCCAGGUCGAGGAGCUGAUGGUGCUGGUGCAGCGGGUGCUGGAGGAGAACCAGAACACCCAUUACACGAGCGAGCUCUACUCCCAGGCCACGCGGCUCCUCAGCCGCAGCGACGUGGAUUUCGAAGAGAAGUGCAAGCACCUCGCGAAGCAAGUGGAGCAGCAGCUGAAGGCCAACAAGGAGACGGCGUCCCGGCGUUGCUCAGACGGCUUCCCCUCGGAGUGGGCUCAAAUUUGGCAGACACUCAGAUGAAAGGACGCAGGCUGAACAUCCUGCUCGUGGGCAAAACUGGAAGUGGGAAGAGUGCGACAGGGAACUCCAUCCUUGGGAAGAAAGCAUUUGAAUCUCUGGUGUCACCAGAUUCAGUGACCAAGAACUACAGUGCAGACACU